GUAGCAUAACUUAAUGGCUGAGAUGUACACGAAGCCAUUCCGAGUGGUUUCGUGUGAAAUGCUUCGUUCUAGAGAAAAUGACCAGGUCAGCUCUGCUGCGGCCUGAUGGGCUGAGAACUUCUCUCCCGAGCUAACGUUACGUAACACAGCCGAGCCCAAGGCGCUCAGUCGGUCGGUCUUCCGGGGUUUCCAGCAGAGCGACGAGGCGUUCAACCGUCAUGGCGUUUUGAACCCAGGUGCUCCGGACCAGAGACCCCAGACAGGACACGGCGACGGCAGGAGUGAUAAAAAGUGGAAGUGAAAGUCAAGAGUUCCAGUCUUUCCCAAUGGCGUCCAGCAGCAGCAGCACGGUGAGUAAGACCACCCUGAGGGAAGACCUCACCUGCGCCAUCUGCUAUGACCUGUUCACUGAGCCAGUGAUGCUGGGCUGCAUGCACCACUUCUGUAAGCGCUGCAUCACUGCCUACUGGAGGAGCCUCAGGGGCCCAGCGUUGUGUCCUCAGUGCCGGCAGGAGUUCCCCAACAAAAGCUUCCAGACCAACUAUCUUGUGGCCGGCCUGGUCGAAAAGGUCAAAGCAAGUUCUUCAGCUGGUUAUCUGAAAAGUUUAGAGAAGAGGCUCAAAGACCACUUGGACUCCCAGAAGCUGCGGAAAGAAGAAAUAAUCACCAUGAUCCGGGAGGAAGAGAAGCAGAUGGACACAAUAAAAAAAGUAGGAGCUGAGCUCCAGGACCGCGUACGCAGCGACUUCCAGGCCCUGCACCACUUCCUGCAGGUAGAGGAGGCGGCUGUGCUGCAGCAAAUGCGGAGGGAUCAGGAGGUGCUGGUGCAGAGCCUGGGGCGCCACCUGGAGUCCCUGCAUGCAGCUGUCCAGGAGCUGGAGCAGAACCUGAGCGCGAUCCAGCAGGCGGCCAGCUCUGUCAGCUGCAGCGCACUGGUGGAGCUGCCUGAAUUCAAUUCCAGACCACAGUUACAGGUCAGAAGACAGGAUAUUGAUGCAUUUCGCAGUAAAUACAUAAUUCCUCUUCAGUACACCAUGUGGCGAAAAAUGUUUAAGAGUUUAAGACCAGGCCCACUACCUUUGACCUUCGAUGAGGACACAGUCCAUCCAAGCCUUCAGCUCUCUCGAGACCGAACCCAAGUGGUUGAGAAUGAAGCCAUGCUGACCUACAGGCGCAACCCAAAGCGCUUUGUUCAGUGUGUUAAUGUUCUUGCGACCCAAGGCUUCCAAACAGGCAGGUAUUACUGGGAGGUGGGUGUUGGCACCAAGCCCAAAUGGGACCUGGGUGUCGCACUAGAAACAGUUGAUCGGCAGGCCCGUGUCAAGCUGUGCCCUGAGAACGGUUACUGGACCCUCCGCCUGCGUAACGGCUGCAAUUACUCGGCAGGGACCCAGCCCUGGACCCCGCUGCCCAUAUCCUCCCGGCCACAGAGGAUCGGGAUUUUUAUAGACUUUGAGGUGCAUAUGGUUUCCUUCUACAAUGCAGAUGACAUGCGUCUGCUCUACUCUUUCUCCAAUGGGCCGAAAGAAAAGGCUUUUCCAUUCUUCAGUACAUGCCUGAGCGAGCCUGGCCAGCAACCCCAGCCUAUACAUCUCCUCCAUUUUCCCAUAUAUUCUCUCUAAACGGCCUGCAAGCGGAUGAGCUGUUGUAUUUCAGUAAGGCUGUGUUCACACUAUAAGCCUUAUUCGCUCAGAUCUGAAAAAUAAAUCAUUAAUCAUUGUCAGCUUAGUUACGCUGCACAUUUCCGCUCAAUCAUAUAGUGCCAAGCGUUCCGUUGUUGUCAGAAGAAAACCUCAUAUCUCUAUUUUUGUCAUUUCAGUUUUUGACAUAAUUUGAAAAUACCUGUUGUUCUUUACAUUGUGUGUAAAUUUCAUGAGGAAUGGCCCAAACGAAAUGAC